CCAACUGGUGGUGGUGGGACAGUAGAGUUGCUUGCCGAGCCCAAGAAGUUAAGUAGUUUGGGUGAAAUCAUGAUCUCUUGUAUUUUGGUGCUCGGGCUGUUUUCGUGCAUUCUGGGUGGAUAUCAUCACCAAGGAGAGAACUCGCCCCAUGUGAGGAGGCUGCAGAGGGAGUUUGUUGGUGAUGAGGAGCGAAGUAUUUUGGAGAGCACGCAGCUUUUGAAACGCAGCGCAGGUCUGGAUGAGCAGACAUGCACAGCUUUGCCUGGAGUGGAGUCAGCGCUGCUCAACAGCACCAACUCUUUCACAUUCAAGGUGCGCACCAUUGGUUCACUGUCACUGGCCUGGGUAGGAGAUGGAUCAGGGGUGCUGCUGGUUUUGACGACGUUUCACGUGCCCUUGUUCAUGGUGCGUUUCGGCCAAUCCAACCUUUACAGGAGUGAAGACUUUGGGAAGACGUUCAAGGAUGUGACACAUCUGAUCAACCACACUUUCAUCCAGUCUGACUUUGGCAUCGUUAUCAGUCCCGACCACUCAGGAAAGGUGAUCUUGACCAGUGACGUGUCAGAUACCGGGGGAUUCCGACUGUUUCGCUCAAAGGACUUCGGCUUGACCUUCGUUUCAACUGACCUGCCGUUUGCACCCCUCAUUCAUAUUGUGUACAACCCCGGGGACUGCAACACACUCCUGACACUCAGUAUCAUGUCGGACCUGUGGCUGUCAGAGGACUUUGGCGCCACCUGGAGGAAGAUCCAUGACAGUGUGUGUUUGGUCAGAUGGGGUCCAAAUAACAGCAUCUACUUCACAACUAACUACAAUGGAUCAUGCAGUGACAAAGGAAUGCUAGAGUUGAGGAAGACAGUUGACUAUGGUAGAAGUUUCCAAACCAUUGCAACAAGAGUUUACUCCUUUGUGCUGGGAGGAAAAUUUGUUCUUGCUUCCAUCAUGACCGGCACGGGCACAGAGCGCAUGAUCCAUGUCUCAGUUGACGGAGGUGACGUAUGGAACAUGGCUCAGCUACCUACGGUCAACCACAACCAGUUCUACUCCAUCCUGGCAGCCAAUCAGGACAUGAUCUUCAUGCAUGUCGACGACCACGGAGACUCUGGCGUUGGAACCAUCUACGUGUCAGAUGAUAGAGGAACUGUGUUCUCCAAGUCCCUGGAGCGCCAUCUCUACACAACCUCAGGAAGUGACACAGACUUCACUGUUAUUGCGUCCCUCAGGGGCGUCUACAUGACCAGUGUCCUCACAGAAGAUGAUGUAGUGGAGACAGUGAUCACCUAUGAUCAAGGAGCGAAGUGGCAGCCGCUGCGCACACCAGAGAACAGUCACUGUAACACUGACACCUCUAAAAACAGACCUAACAGAUGCAGACUCCAUAUCCAUGCCUCCUACAGCACCGCUAUGAGGAUGAACGUCCCCAUGCUGCCUCUUUCCCAGCCCAAUGCCGUGGGGCUUAUUCUGGCCCAUGGCAGCAUUGGAGAUGCAGAAUCCGCUCUCUACCCUAAUGUGUACAUGUCUGAUGAUGGCGGCUACUCAUGGCAGUUGGCUCUGAAGGGCCCCCAUCAGUACGCCAUCCUGGACUCUGGAGGCCUGCUGGUGGCUGUGGAGCACACCAACUCUGUCAACCAGAUAAAGUUUUCCACAGAUGAAGGGCAGUGCUGGCACACAUUCAACUUUACCAACGACCCACUUCACUUCAGUGGCAUGGACAGCGAGCCUGGCUCUCGCUCCAUGAACAUCAGUCUGUGGGGCUACAGGAACGACUUCAGUAAAUGGGUGGUGAUCACUAUAGACUUCAGGAAGCUCCUUACCAGAAACUGCAGUGAUGGAGAUUAUAUAGAGUGGCUGGCUCACUCUACAGAGACCAGUGAAUCCAAUGACGGCUGUGUGCUGGGCUAUAAAGAGACCUUCUUACGGCUGAGGAAAGAUUCAGUCUGCUGGAAUGGGAGAGACUUUGUAGUCAACAAGAAACGGUCACCCUGUCCAUGCACAGAAGAUGACUAUCACUGUGACUUUGGGUAUUAUCGGCCAGUCAACAGUUCAGAGUGUGUGGAGCAGGAGGAGAUGAAGAACCGUCCUCUGGAGUUCUGUUUAAAUGGUACCACUGAACAGCUGCAGACCAGCGGCUACCGGAAGAUUCCAGGAGACCAUUGUGAGGGAGGUUUUCAGCCAGAGAGAAAGGAGACCAACCUGUGGAGGAUAUGUACCAGCAACGCCCUUCAUCCCAAUUCACUGACUGAAAACAGUUCACCCAACGCUGCUGUCAUAGUGAUGGUUGUCAUAGCGAUCCUCCUGACGAGUGCCUUCGUCGGUGUUUGGCUCGUUAAGAAAUAUGUCUGCGGAGGACGGUUCCUCGUGCACCGAUACUCUGUUAUGAGGGAGCACGUUGAAGCUAACAAAAUAGAAGGAGUAGAUGAUAUUGACACCCACUACAUGGAGACAGGAAAAACACAGUACAAUGAAGAUUCAGAUCAGGUGAUGCUGUGUAAAACGCCAUAUUUUUAAGUCAAAUCUUCUGAUUAUCUAUCAACUGGGUUAUAUUGUUUGUUUCUCCUCAUAGGAUCUCUUAGAUUAAGAUUUCUCUCCACUCAAAGGAUUUUCAAGCCUAAAUAUAAUGCAGUCUUUCACGAUGCCUGGGCAUUCCUGUUGCUCCCACAUGCUGAUUAACAUCUGCUUCUCACUUCUCGCUGUCCCCCGGUGGCUGGAAGGUUCAGCAGCAGCGGGGCAACUUCUUCUAUUGCUUCCUUGUACCUGUUGUGGCUCCCACAAAUAGACCCAGUGAAGAUUUUGGGGACUGGGGGGGUGAACCCACUGCACAACAGAAGAAAGCCUCCAGGGUCCCUGGAGAGCUUUUGUUGUCUCUGUCACAGAAAGUUCUGUAAAGACCGUUGAGUGUGAACACGUGCCCUGUUGUGCUCUGUAUGUUUCUUUUCAUGUUGACCCGAGAAGAGGUGGCCCUGCGCUGCAGAAGCACAAUACAGACGCUACAGUUUGGAUGUAAGGGCUCACAGAACACAGAAAAUAAUCUCUAUUUUAGUCUGCCGCCUAUAAAGUAAUUUUUGUUCCCUGUACAUUUAAAAAUAAAAAGAUACAGUGUUAUUACUUAUAGUGGGCCUUUUAAACAUUUAUAUUUCAUCAGUUCAUCAGUCAAUACUAAUACUUGGCAAUUGCACAAUUUCUGUUUUGAAUUCCUUGUUUUUUGCUGAAAUAUAUAUUUUUUCCCAUUUAACAGUAACUUCUAUAAGUAAUGGUUCCUUUAGUUUCAAACCUUGAACAACUUAAAAUAAAAUUGUAAGCUAUAGCUGUAUUCAGAACAUUAAUAUCAGUGCAAAUGCUUGUUGUUAGAAAUGGAACCUAAUAUUACAAGAAAUUAUCAAGUGGACUCUGAACAAAGGUGUGUGCAAAAAAAUCAACAUAUAAAUAAAGGAAAGACUAGAGCUGCAUGCAAACAAGAACUGCACAGUGUAAAAUGUAACUACCAAGACCACCAAAACAGUGCAAAUGUCUUUUUAGCAACUGGUGAAACUUAUGACAUAAAUGAUAAAAGGGUCUGUCAUUAUCAUGAAGAUACAGUAGUAAACAUCUUUUAUAUAUUUUAUAUAUAUAUGUAUACCGUGCAGCUUAGUACAGCCAAUUUCUUCCACUCUUCCAUAUGUGUGGUGAAAAAGAAUGACUUGAAUUAUUGCCAAAGCACUUUUACUGUUUAGUGUUCUAAUAUUAGAGGUGAGGCUGGAACAACCUAACCCUAGUCUGGCAUUAUAGGAGUAUGAAGGUAAUGUUAACACAAGGCCUUUACUUGAACUUUCUGGUAGUUUUGCUUAACAUGAUGCAACAGUGUGUUGCUGUUCUUGUGUUGUUUUUGUUGUUUGUCUGUUUUGGAUUUGGUUUAUGCUUCCAAUAUCAGACCAGUAUGCAUUUAUCUAAUGAUCUUAAUGCAGGUGCAGGCAUUACUCAUUAAAAUAAUUGCACUGUUUUUAGAGAGCAGUACAAACUGUUCCAUAAUCAAAGUGAUAAUGAUAAUGGUAGAACCCAGAUACAUAGAUUUUGCAAAAUAUUCACGAUAAUAAUAAACCUGUCAGAUUAGGUAACAACAAACAUGUAUUUUACUAAAUUACAUCUGUGUCUCUGAUGAGAUGCUGGUUGGCUACCAUUUCUAUUAUCUGCAAUGUGAAAACUGCAACCUUUGAUACACAUGCAGGGCUUUUGGCUAAUGCUUGUAUUUUCCAGCAGAGGCAAUAAUAUUCCAGUGAAUAAGCUAUUGUAAUAAACUGGCCUAAUGUCAAGGCAUAUACUCAAGGACCGUUGGGUGGACUAUGCUCAAAAUGAAAGCAAAUGCAUAUGCUUGAUGCUUCUUAAUUUACUCACCUGACAGCAAGAAACCUGGCUAUUUACUGGAUUCAAUGAUUUAUUUGUGCACUGUAUCUACAGAUCUGUGAAAAUGUUGCAUUUGUUAAAAUGUCCACAAAUGUCCACAUUUUGUAAAGUAUUAGGACCAGGAGGUGUAUCAUUCUUUCCUUGUGUAACUGUUUUUUUAGGAUAUCAGCAAUGAGUGUCUCUGAACUAAACUGUUCUGUAGCACAGAUGUUUGAUAACAAUGUUUGCAUUUGUUGAAUGAAAAAACACCAUCUCUUUUACACCUGUUCACAUGUGUUUGUGUUUUACAUAGUGGCAAAGCAUGUUGAAAAUACAGUCUACUACAACAUAAGAA